AUGUUCGAGAUUCCUGAAUAUCCCGGCUACGGUCCCCGUUUCUUGAGCAUACAAGGCGGAGCCACGGUGUCGCUCAUCGAUGAUGACGUUAUCUGUAAACAGGGCAGCAGAGUGACGCGCAGCGAGAAAAUGGCCAUGCGGCUCGUGAAGAAACAUAUCCCCGAUUUCCCAACGCCCGAACUUCAACUUUCAUCAUACAGUACUACCAGGGUCUUUGGCCAAUUAUGCAUGGAUGUCGUACCAGGUUCGACCUUGAAGCUGUCUUGGGAUGGGCUCGAUAAUGUCACAAAAGAACGUCUUUGCCAUGAGACUUGGGCUUUAAUUGCUCAACUGCGACAGAUUCCGAAGCCGUCUGAGCUGAAUCAUCUUUUCCAAUGCUCCGCCGAUGGCUCUCCUACCAACGAUGUGCUUAUCAAAGAUCUCGAGGACCCCCCUAGGCCCUUGCUGGAUGACCAUGCUGUACGGACCCGCAUAUGUGAACGUUAUCACCACUUUUAUGGGCGAAGGUUUACUAAGGAGCUCCCCGACAUGCUUCCACGCUCUAGUGUAUCUGUUUUCACGCAUGGUGAUAUUUGUCCGCAGAACAUUAUGAUAGAUGGGUCCAAUCAUAUCACUGGUAUUAUCGACUGGGAGACUGCAGGUUGGUAUCCGGACUACUGGGAAUAUGGCAAUAUUAUGAAGCCUAGGACGGAAAUAGAUUGGGCAGCAUUGAUGGAUCAAACCGCCCCACAAAGAUGGGAUCUAAGUGGCAUAAAAGCGGCGAGGAGAGUUCUGUUCUAG